AUGCCGGCCAUGAGCACUCCCUCAAUCAGGAUAUCUCAGCAUCAGCGCUUCGCCAGCCCACCCCGCUAUCCCUCCUCUGCACACGCACCAGCUGCCCCAAUGGCCAUACGAGGAGCCCAGGAGCCCGUACCACCUCCACUGCCACCGCCCAGUUACAUACCACAGAUUGGCGCUGGCCACGAUCCGGGCUGGCAGUGGGGCAAUGAUCCAAAUAAGUCCGAUUUCGGCAAACUCGCCUCUGUGAAACCGGGUAGCAGCCUCUUGGGAGGGGGCGCUGGGCCCACGAAGAGCGCCAGACAGGAGAAAGAGCAUGAGCACCCGCUAUACUACAACGCAGACCAUGUGCGGAGAGGCAGCUCUGUGUCAACCCUCACAAUCACUCGCGAUCACGACAUGGGUGAAGGCAGCUUAACGUCUAGCGACGAGGACGGCGGUCUCUCAAGACCUCCUUCAAACAACUACAGGUACGUUGCUUUGCAUUUCAUCUCUGUUUUUGCUGUAUGUGUAACCUACCUGUGACGACAAGCCAACACCAUCGAUUGACAACAUAUCAAUGGAACAACGCUUUUGCCGGAUCCUUCGAACUUGGAGUCCUCUAUUUGAAGAGCAGCGUCGAAUCCAAGCGUCACUCACCUCAAGGUAUCGCUCUCGACACCCAGAUAGUGCAUAUGUCAAGUGCAUUGCUCGAAUGACCUCGACCCUUUUUCUUUCGCAUUUCCAACGCUUGAAAGCAGCACGGAUCGCUGAAAAGAACCUUGGCGUCUACCUGGCCUCGGCUCUUGACUUGGUGGACCGUUGGUAGCGCCAAGUGGCAUAGCCGGGAGCCUCGCCAUCCUGUGAUGAGUGAUUUAAAACAUGGCUACCUGAUUCUGUGCGAUCUUAUCGUCUUGGUACAGCAAACAGAACUUCUGGCCUUCUAUCGGCGUGGAAACACAAAUGCUUUUUUCCUUCAUUCCGAUUUGACGUGAUGGAGCUGAUCUCGAACGACAGGCUCCAAGGCGAGAAACAGCUCGAACAGAAGACUCUUGAGGCCUCAUCGAAUACAUACGACAAGCAGCUGCUCAGCAGAAUUGGCGGGCCGAAUGGAGGUCCUCCCACGCCCAAGCGCACAUCGAUUUCAUACGGCAUGCAAGAGACCGCACAGCUUGCACACGCAGAAGCUGAGCGACGCAAUUCUCAGCUGCGACCACUUUCGAUGCCGGAGCGACGACAACAGAGUUCGCUGGACUCUCCUUCUAGCUCACGGUGGCCCUCCUCGGGCGCCAUUUCCCCAGGGUUCAAUGCGAAAUUCUGGCCGGAGCACGGACCAUCUGAUCACAGCACGACCACUAUUAACACCGCACCGACGAGGCACGGCAGCCUCACCUUCGACGACAGUGUUUCUCAGCGUGGUAGCUAUGACCAGUCCAUGUUCAUGAGCGAGGACUUAAACGAGGACGGACCGAUGAGCAAUCUCAACAUCCACGACCGCAGCCCGGGCUCCUCGGAGGAGUUUCAGCCGGCUGCACGUGCCGGCACCAAGCGCCGAGCAUCCUCACCCCCGCGAGAAGGAUUACGAGAGGAGCGUUCGUCAGUCAGCAGCGCUCCAGGACACAGUGACCUCUACCACCGCCGUUCCAUCCAGCAGCUGCCGAACAGAGGCUCGCCGGUGUCCAGAUUCCACCCAAACCACUCUUCGCUCUCGUCAGCCUCCUCAUUCGGUCCACGACAGAACUCCUUGAGCUCCUCCCUUGGUAUCGCUAGCAUUCCCAGCAGUGCAACCAGCUACGGCUCCGGUCGUCUAUCGCCAAGCGCCCUCUCGCCAGCGCUUGAGCCAAAUAAUGCCGAGGCGUUGAACGCAAAUUCCCUUCCGAUCAAUCCGGCGCAUCAAAGAACCUUAUCCGAAAGUGUUCAAGGCGGCUUACAGAAGCCUCCGGUGGAGGGUGCAGCCCGUAACGGCAGCAUUUCUCACUUGCAAGGUAUCUACGUUUGCGAAUGCUGUCCAAAGAAGCCGAAGAAGUUUGACACGGAAGAAGAGCUCAGGUAAGCAUCACCGCGUGGCACUACCCAUCCUACCCCCGUUGGAUGACCUCACAUCAGCCUCCACCGGUCGAGCGUCCUCGGAAACUGUGCUUGAAGCUUGCUGGAUGCUUAUGGUAUACUGACUGACUUCAGAUUACACGAAUCCGAGAAACAGUACACUUGCGCCUACUGCCCGAACCGGUUCAAGAACAAGAACGAGGCUGAACGACAUCAAAAUUCCCUGCACCUGCGGCGGCACUCCUGGAGCUGCGCGGCAUUGGCUAGCGUGCAAGCGGCGUUCCAUGCGUCUUUGACGGGCAACGGCACAGACAUAUGCGGCUAUUGUGGCGAAGAAUUCCCCAAUCCGCCACAGUGGGACGUUCGUGCCGAGCACUUGAAUCACGUACACAAGUUUGGAGAGUGCAAUCACGCGAAGAAAUUUUUCAGAGCCGACCACUUCCGCCAACAUCUCAAACAUUCACAUGCCGGAACGAGUGGAAAGUGGACGAACAUGCUGGAGAUUGCGUGUAUGAAGGACGAGCCGCUCCCAGAAAAGCGGGUAAGCCCGAGUGCUGCCCAACAAGAUCUCCAGGCUGGUGCACCAUCCGGAAUACCUCCAGAGCACGGUCGGAGGCCGCAGUGGCCAACGCUGAACGAAGGCGCUCAAUGA